GGGAGCGGCGCGGCAGCCGUUGAGCCGCCAGACGUUGGUCGCCCGUCGUUGGUUUCGCCGGUCGCCCAGCGCGAUGGAUGCCAAAAAGAAAGUCACAGCGCCCCUUAUCUAUGCUGUUGCCAUUGCUGCCAUUGGAUCUCUCCAGUUUGGGUACAACACUGGUGUCAUCAAUGCUCCCGAGAAGAUCAUCCGGAGCUUCUUCAACAGAACCCUGUCAGAACGGAGUGGGCAGACUGUCUCCCCAGAGCUCCUCACGUCUCUGUGGUCCCUUUCUGUGGCCAUAUUCUCAGUAGGAGGUAUGAUUGGCUCCUUCUCAGUCAGCCUGUUCGUCAACAGAUUUGGCAGGAGGAACUCCAUGCUACUGGUGAACAUCUUGGCCUUUGCUGGUGGCACUCUCAUGGCCUUCUCUAAAACGGCAAAGGCAGUGGAGAUGCUGAUUCUUGGCCGCUUCGUUAUUGGCGUCUUCUGCGGUCUCUGCACUGGCUUUGUGCCCAUGUACAUCAGUGAGGUCUCACCCACCAGCGUUCGUGGAGCCUUUGGCACCCUCAACCAGCUGGGCAUUGUUGUGGGCAUCCUGGUGGCCCAGAUCUUUGGCCUGGAGGGAAUCAUGGGGACUGAAAGCCUUUGGCCACUGCUUUUGGGAUUCACGAUCCUUCCAGCGCUCCUGCAGUGCGUGGCUCUUCUUUUCUGCCCGGAAAGCCCCCGUUUCCUAUUGAUCAACAAGAUGGAGGAAGAGAAAGCGCAAGCAGUUCUCCAGAAGCUCCGUGGUACACAGGAUGUGUCUCAAGACAUCCAGGAGAUGAAAGAAGAGAGUGCUAAAAUGUCCCAGGAAAAGAAAGCAACUGUGCCAGAGCUCUUCCGUUCUCCAAACUACCGUCAAGCCAUUAUCAUUGCCAUCAUGCUGCAGCUCUCCCAACAGCUCUCGGGCAUCAACGCUGUAUUCUAUUAUUCUACAGGGAUUUUUGAAAGAGCUGGUAUCACGCAGCCUGUGUAUGCCACUAUUGGAGCUGGUGUGGUAAACACAGUCUUCACGGUUGUGUCGCUGUUUCUGGUGGAGCGUGCAGGGCGCAGGACCCUCCAUUUAGUUGGCUUGGGUGGCAUGGCCGUGUGUGCUGCUAUUAUGACCAUUGCUUUAGCUCUGAAGGAUCUGGUGCAGUGGAUCAGAUACAUCAGCAUUGUUGCCACUUUUGGCUUUGUGGCUCUUUUUGAGAUUGGCCCUGGCCCUAUUCCCUGGUUCAUUGUGGCAGAACUCUUCAGCCAGGGCCCACGGCCUGCAGCCAUGGCAGUGGCUGGUUGUUCCAACUGGACCUCUAAUUUCUUGGUGGGAAUGCUCUUCCCCUACGCAGAGAAACUGUGUGGCUCCUAUGUCUUCCUCAUCUUCCUUGUUUUCCUGGUCAUCUUCUUCGUCUUCACAUUCUUCAAAGUUCCAGAGACCAAGGGCAGGACUUUUGAAGACAUCGCCAGGGGCUUUGAAGGACGAGCAGAAGCCGGCCCCACAUCACCUGAGAAGAACCGCAUGGUGGAGCUGAACAGUGUACAACCUGGCAAAGAAGAUGCCUAAGAUUUAUGACACACUCCCUCGACUCUGACAUCCUUAAAGAGUCAUUAAAGGAAUGAGCAAAGAAAACCAUGAGAACUGGGACAUUUUUUCCCCUCUUCCCCUCAACUGCUGCUAUUUUCUUCUUUGCACCCACAUAUUCUCCCAUUCUGCCAGGCUUACCAACAUUAAGCAAAUCCGAUAUGGGUGAUCCCAUUUUCAAGUACUGGAAGGCACCUGGCACUUGCAAAAAUAUUUUCAUCUUCCCUGUUACAAACAUCAGGAGAACAGAGGAGAGCUGGCAAUAUUUUUGCCUUUUUUUUUUUUAACCUUAUAAUUGCUAUUUGGGGUUAACAAACUUACGCACGCAGUGACCAUUACGCAUUUGAAUCUAAUGACUAUUUUUGUAGUGAAUUGAAGCGACCCACUAAAUGAGUCCCCUGGCCUUUGAGUCUACUCUGUGUGAGUGUGUGUGUGCAGUGCUACACUGGAGUUUAACAAGCCUACCAAAAAGCCAUCUCCUUCCUUUUUCCUAUCCAGUGUGCACUUUUUUUCAGCCUCAGGAAAAAGGGGACCAAGUUACAUGCAUAUUUUUUCCUGCUCUUAUUUUUUUGUAUAGACAGACUGAAAGCAUACUUUUACCUGAGUUUAUUUAUUUGUAUGUCACUUUGUAAAUAUUUAUUUUUUAAAUGGUGUACAAACAUGUACAGAUAAAUUGAAGAUGUCUAAGAGAAAUAGCUAAUCUAACAAAAGAUGCGGUAGAUCUGAGGUGCAAUAAGACUGUAAAGGAAAAAUGUGGUACUAAACAGGAGAUUGGGCAUUUUGGAUGUUAUGUACAGCAGAGCCGAUUAUGCACAUCACCUUCAAGUUAUUUGUGCCCUUUGGAAAGUACUGCAAAGAGGUGUGUGCUAGUGACAAAGAGGUAUGUUUGUCCACCAGGAUCUCUGUUAUUUGGGAUUCUUUUAGGUGGCAAUUUUAAAUAUUGUUCCCAAGUGAGUGGAGAGUGUGGUAUUGCAGCAAAUGAGUGUAUUUUUAGUCAUGGUUAAGCAUUGUAUGGGAUGAUUCAGGGUGGUGAUUGCAAACCAGGAGGUAACUUUUCCUGCCUUCUGCUGUGUUCUAGUAGGUCAGAAAGCCUGAAAUUUGCAGAUUAAAGGUUUGUGAAGGUAACGAUUAUUUUCCAAAGCUGUAUUUUCUUAGCAGUUCUUACAAAUACCCUUCUUGACACAGGCAUGGUCAGUUACGGCGUGCAAGUUCAUAAAGGUAGAGAUGCUGGACUACAGACCAGAGCUGCUGGAGCUUGCUAGCUUAGCUGUAGCGCUCAGUCUGCUUGUUGGUUGUAGAGCAAAUGGUUUUUGCCCCAUGUGUCUUCUCUAGAAGAUCUGCAUGAUGUUGUGAUGCCCACCGGUGCGUAGCAUGCUGUGUAGAUGUGUAGGGCUCUCUAAUCCUGCCUCUUUUAAAAGGGAUGUGGCUGACAGUAAUUAUACAUCAGUGGACAUUGGUCUCCCUGCUUGUCGUAGUGCUAGGCGAUGGAGAGAACGUGUGUCUGCCCUUGCUGCCAAGCUAGCACAGUUCAGGAAGGCAAAAAGUAGCUCACGGGGUAUCCUUGCAAUCAAGGGUUGGGAGCUUUGCUUCACUGACUUGCAGUGCCCUGUGGAGAGACUCCAGAUCUCUGUCCAGACCUGCAGAAGCUAGCUGAAGGUAGCACAGAGGUAGGUCCAGUUCAAACUCCUGCUCUAAGAUCUCCGUUCUCGGACUCGACUGAGCUCCGGUCUACCUGCAAACCCAUGCUGGAGUUCAUCGCUGGAUAUCCUAGAAGAGAGGCAGGCCCACAGAUUCCAAGGUGGGUAAAAAGAAAGGCUCAAAUAUAGGAACGACAGCAAAAUUGAUAGCCCAAGCUUUCUUGACAACAUAUUGCUUCAGAGAAGUUCCCAUUGAUGUACAUUCUGGGGGCAUGUAUCUGACGCGUCAGUGAUGACAUUUCCACGUUCCCUACUGAGAAACAGUUGCAAAGAUCAGUAAAACUUGCUGCUGUGAAAUACUUCCUGUGACUUCAUUUGAAAUACUUCAGCUUUACACAGUGCAAUCCUAUUACAGUCAGUUUCCCCUAGCUUUCUGUCAGGCUUCCAUGCCAGAUAUUUAUUCUCAGAAGUAUGUGACUCUUCCCAACUCUCACAUUUUGGCUCAGUUAUACAGAUAUUUUUUUUUGGUGCUCUUUGACCCUCCAGCACUUCCAGACAUGAUAAUUCUAUAUGGCCAUCUAUAUGUCAGGAAAUUCCUCCUACAGCUGUGCAUAAGAGCAUUCCAUAUUUUGCAUCAGAGAUGUGUGUUGGCUUAGACUGAAAUGUAUAGUUCUUUUCUCACAUAGUAUCUUUGUUAUUUUCUUUUUCUGUAACGGCGUUGUGAAUAUUUUGGAUGGGUUUUAUAUGCUUAUUAAUGUGGUGUUUCCUGUUUUUAAAAUAAAAACGAUAGAACUAAGUA